AAUUUUUUAUGUUUUGUAGUAAUUGUUUUUUAGUCAUAAAACAAUGGAUUUAGAUUUAAAUUUAUUUACCAAAUUAAAUGAUAGUAAUGUCAAUUCUGAUUAUGAUGAUGAUGACAACGGUGAUGAUGACAAUGGCGAUGAUGACAAUGGUGAUGAUGAUGACAAUGCAGACAAUGAUGACAAUGGUGAUGAUGAUGACAAUGGUGAUGAUGAUGACAAUGGUGAUGGUGAUGACAAUGCCAACAAUGAUGACAAUGGUGAUGAUGAUGACUACGGCAAUGAUAAUGGUGAAAAUUUAAACAAUAAUGUUGCAGAAAGUGAUAAAGAGAAUGUUUUAAAAAAAGAUUCCGCCGAGGAUAUAAAAAAGAAACCAAGAGCAAAAAAACAGAAAGUUAUAAUUAACAAGGAUAAAAAGAUAGGCCCUCAAAAGCAAAAGGAAGUUAUUCGAAACUUAUUAAAGCGUUCAAGGAUAUAUCAAAUUAGGAAAUUAACUCGUCGCAUUGAACGUUUGCGCUCAUUAAAAGGCACUGAACUACAGCUAGAAAAACACAAACGUAAAAUUGCAAACUAUUUAAAAGAAAUUGAAGCCAUGAAAAGCUUGAUUAUUGAGCAAAUGGCUGAAAAACUAGUUGACGUAUUUAAAGGUAUUUGUAAUGAUUUUUGUAAGGAUAUAUGGAUUGCUGCAUUAUCAAAAUCAGAAACAGAGAAAAAGUUGCAAGAUUUAGGUAGUAAUUUAAAGUCAGAUAGUAAAUUUAUUGAAAUAGCAUACUUAAAAAUAUUUACUUCUAAGGAUAUCAUCGAAAAAUUAAAGCUGAUAGAAAAUGGUCAAAAGUUACUGACUUACCUAAAUCUAAAGUGCUAAGUAAAACUGCUUUAAUGAAAAAGUUUAUCGCUAACGAUUCAAAAAAAUCUAGCAACAUUUCUAAUAAAGAUAUGCAAUGUAAUAAAGUUGAAAAAAAACUUGACGUCAAAAUGCACCAAGAUUCUUUUUUCCUUAACAGACCUACAACAUCGUUACAUGAUAUUGAUGAAGAAUUUAAUGUUGCACCAUCAGUUGUCUUUAAUAGUUUAGCUACUAAAGUUAAGCGAAAUCGGAUGGGUCAACGCACACGACAAAAGUUGUAUCAAGGAAAGUUGGGUGUAAAGGCCUAUAAUGAAAAAUCUGGCAUUAAUAACAAGAAAGAAAAGUUCGGUGUUAAAAGCUAUAAUAGGUUUAAAAAAGGAAAUGAUUUUAAGGAACCCAAAACAAAACAUAAAGAUUUCAAGCAAUCUAAACGUAAAAUAAAUGAUGAUAUUGAAAGUUUACAUCCAUCGUGGCAAGCAAAGAAGAAAAUGAAAUUAAACCCAGUGGCAUUUUCUGGUACUAGAAUAACGUUUUCUGAUUAAGUAGAUUUUUGACUAAAAUAUAAAAAUUGUUUUUUAAGAAGAGUUUUAUAAUUCGUUUU